AUGACCACGGCGGCUCUGCAAGCUUCGACGGCUCCGAUCAGCCUGCCUCCGAUCAGCAGCAUCGAUUUCCACACUCAAGUUGCACACAGGCCGGAACCAGAAGUUGUGCAACCUCUACCACCCCCGCCGCCAGCGCCGCAACGUGUCCUGCCACCGCUGCCGUAUCCCUAUUCUGUUCGACCAGCCCCAGCCCCAGUGCCGCCGCCACCUGUGCCUCACGAGUACAUGCAAUCACGGCCAAUCUACCCGGGAAUACCUUCGCCAUACCAGCAAAUGCCGGGACGAAUGCCUCUUCCCUCGACGACGGAUCCGAAUCUGAUCGUUGCGACUCCUCGACACAAAGCCAAGGAGGUGAAGAGACGGACCAAGACAGGAUGUCUGACAUGCCGAAAGAGGCGCAUCAAGUCUUCAUUCCAGCCAUCAAGCCUUGUCAUCCACGUUGUCAACACACAUGGGUUCCGCGGAUUUUGA